UUUGUUGCAUUUUCUACGCAUAUCAGGAUACGUCAGGGGAAAAGUCUAAGAUUUUACUUCAGUGGAAUAUUUCUUAUCUGCAGAUCUGAAAAAUUUGUUUUUCUUUUUCUUUGGUUUUUCAUUUUUUUGGACUGAUCACCAGAACCAUGGACAGCGCACUGGACAGACUUGAUGCUGCACGUUUCUUACAGAUUUGGCAAUAUUUCGACAAAGAUGACAAAGGCUACAUCGAAGGAAAGAAGAUGGACGACCUUUUCAAGUACAUGUUGCAAAAUCUUGGAAUGAAGACAGAUGAGAUUACAGAGGACAAAAUGAGAAGAAUGAGAGACAAAUUUGUGUCUCCGUAUGACUCUGCAGGUGGAAAUGUGCAGAUCCAGGAGAGAGACUCCGCUGGACAACAGCGUGGAGUUCAUGAGGGUAAGGGGAAAACAUCGACAAAUAACAGAGAUGGAGCUUUCUUAAGAUACCUGAUUUGGAGGAACUAUGACACAGAUAGCAGUGGAUAUAUUUCAUCCAAUGAACUUAUGGGUUUUUUACAAGACCUUUUCCUCCAGCACAGGAAGUCCAUCACGCCUCAGAAGCUGGAGGAGUACACUGAUACCAUGAUGAAGAUGUUUGACAAGAACAGGGAUGGCAGGCUGGAUCUGAACGACAUGGCCAGAAUUUUGGCCCUGAAUGAAAACUUCCUACUGAAGUUUAGGACAGAUGCUUGCAGUGUAGAGGACAGAAAGAAGGACUUUGAGAAGAUAUUUGCUCACUAUGAUGUCAGUAAGACAGGUGAGCUGGAGGGGCCUGAAGUCGAUGGAUUUGUCAAGGAUAUGAUGGAGCUGGUAAAGCCCAGCAUCAGCGGGAUGGAACUGGAUAAGUUCAGGACAGCCCUGAUGGGUCACUGUGACAUCAACAGGGAUGGGAAAAUCCAGAAGAACGAGCUUGCUCUCUGCCUCGGCCUUAAACUCAGUUAACCUUCUUUGGCUUUAUUUUUAUUUAUUUUUUUAUCUUAACAUCCUCUGUGUUACAUUUAUAUCCACCUAAAGGCUCUCAGUUUCUGUCCUCUUAUUCAUUUGACUUUUUAUGCUACUUUAAAGCGUUUUCAUUGUGGCAAACGUUUUAUUUCUGUGUAAAACAAAAUCUACACCUCACUUCACCAUACAGAAACAAAUACCUUGAUCGUAAAUCAUUCAUUUGAAUUUUGUGAAAAUUGUAUGGCUGCUUCUUGGUGAUGUGAUAAUAAUGUACAGUGUGAACUGCUGUAUUUAUGACAAAAUUGUAAAAUGAUUCAAAACAGUAAUGACUGAUAACAUUGAAUAAACCUUUGUCAUCUGUGCAUUA